AUGGCAGCUCGAAGACCGCGAUAUCUGAGUCCAGAAGAAAUUGUACAACUUUUACAGGAUUUAUCUGAAAAUGAAUCUGGUGUUGAAGAACAUAAUAUUGAUGAUGAUAUGGAUUAUGAGCCUCCACAAAACUUUGAGAGAAAUAAUAGUUCUAGUGAAUCUGAAGAUAGCACGGAAGAGCAAUCGUUGGGCCAAGGUUCCCCUAAUGCACAAGGUAUAGGAUCAAAGCGAAAACAUGAUUUACCUAACUCAGGAUACGCACGAGGAAGAGGAUGUCUUUUCCAAAACCACGAAGAAGGCUCUAUAUAUGUCUCAAAAGAUGGAACCUCGUGGACUGUGACAUCUACUUCACAAACUACAGCUGGGAAAUAUGGAGCUCAAAAUAUGCUAAAAGAAAUGCCGGGUCCAACAUCUUAUGCAAAACGAAAUGUUGGGGACAAUGUGUUGAGUGCUUGGAGGUUGUUUGUGGAUGAAUCGAUGUUACGACAUAUUAAAAAGUGCACGGAAGCAGAGGCAGUUUUGAACAAUGAAGAAAACUGGGCAAUAUCUUUAGAAGAGCUUGAUGCUUUUAUUGCUAUUAUUUAUGAAAGAGGAUCAUAUGGUUGCAAUGAUAUGGAUUAUGAUUUUUUGUGGAAUAAUACAUGGGGUCCUCCUUUUUUCCGAGAAACAAUGUCUCGCAAUCGUUUUCGAGAUAUUAUGAAAUAUCUGAGAUUUGACUUGAAGUCAACUAGGACUCAGCGUUUAGAAAGUGAUAAGUUUUCACUUUUUUUCCGAUAUUUGGAAUACAUUUAUACAGAACUGUGA